UCUACGUGCUGAUUUAUCAGAGGCGUGAGGAGCAGCUAUGAGUUUAACAGCAGCAACGAGAGGGUUUGUCGUCUUCCUGCUCUCUGUACAAGUGGUUCAGGGUCAGGAUGGCUGGGGAGUGACUUACACUUCUACUGAGAUCUGUGCAGUGAAAGGAUCAACAGUGGAAAUAGGCUGCAGCUACACACCCCCGUCUAGAUCGUAUUUCAGUUCUAGAAAACAAAUCUGGUUUACUAAAAUGAAUAAUGGUGAAUUUGUAGAUCUUAGAUCAGACUCAGACUAUGCAGGUCGUGUGCAGUACAGUUAUAACUACAACGACUGCACUCUGAGAAUCUCCGACCUGAGAGAGAGCGACUCAGCUGAGUACAAGUUCAGGAUUGACCAAGAAGCUUUCAAAUAUACUGGUUCACCUGGAGUCACUUUGUCUGUCACAGGUGUCAUGGUGCAUGUGCCUGUGCAAGUGCAGAUGAGCAGACAUUUUGUCAAGGCAGGGCUGAAGUGUCAAAGCAGUUGUCGUCUACCUGAUAGUUCUUCCUACGUCUGGUACGAGAACGAGAGAGUUCAGACUGGACGGACAUCUUCUUCUUAUUCAAUUUACUAUGAUGCUGGAGACAGCUAUUCCUGUGCUGUAAACGGACAUGAGAACCACCGUUCUCCUUCAGUGUAUCCUCCAAAGCUUCCCUCUGUGUCAGUGAGUCCCUCUGCUGAGAUAGAGGAGGGCAGUUCAGUGACUCUGACCUGUAGCAGUGAUGCUAACCCAGCAGUUAAAUACACCUGGUACAAGAGGAUUGGCAAACCAAUCCUUCCUCCUUUCAAGAAAGUACCACAGCUUGUCUUCAGCUCCAUCCAUUCCUCUGACUCUGGACAGUAUUACUGUAUAGCUGAAAACAAUCUGGGGAAGAAGACAUCUAAAGACAUCUUUAUUCAUGUGAAAUGUGAGUGAAGUUCUAAUAUGUCCAGUC